GGCAUCAUCUCCCGUCCAGAUCCCGUCACUGAUUUUUCAGGUGCGGCCACCUGGGACCUCAAUAACCUCUGUGUUAUCGCUGCGCUUCGUACUCGUUCCAGCUCUGAAGAGCAAGAGUUUCUCCGUCCUUUCACUAACACGUUCCUAGCAUGGACUGCGCUCAAAUCGCGCCAUGAGAAAGUCAGACCAAUUGCUCAAAUCCUCCUUAUCCAACAAGCCCUGGCAGUUCGUUAUUGUCGUUCCGGAUGGCUUUCCACCACCAGUACUCAGAUUGGCGACCUCGUCAGGUGCAUAUAUGCUAUAGGGAUACCAAAGGAAGACGAUUUUCUCACCAUUAUGAUGUUGAACGCGAUGACCAACAAUUUGCCUCACGUCCGGAACCACAUCACGGACUCACUUUCCACCAGUACUUCCACCUCUGUCUAUGGACCUUCCAAUAUUCUCUCCCGUCUCGAUGUCGAGCAGCAGCUC